AUGGGAACAACGCUUGGAAAGCUAUGUUCGUCGACGAGCGUACCCGCGGUGGGAUCAGUACUAGAUAGAGUCAUAUCACAGCCCAGCAGCGAGGAUCAUACCGUGCUGUAUAAGUUAGCAGAUUAUAAAAAAGGUGGAAUACUCCUAGAAACAUACACAAAAGGUGGUAUGUCCGCUGCGGAAAAAUUGAUCCGAGAAGAAUUCGCUGGUUACAUGUACGCAGGCGGACGGGGCCGGGUGAUAAACAGGGCGGAGUAUUUGCGGUGGAAGUUUCGAGAACAGGAGCAGGUAGUUCUUCCAAUCGAAGCAUCUUUAUCCCCACACGACCCCUUAGCAAAAUGGGAAGACCACACCGCGUGCUGGCAGAUGAGUUAUAGAGGAGCGUUGGGAGAAUCCUUAUUACAUGUUCUUAUAAUAUGCGAUACUAAGAUUCACACACGUUUAGCAAGAACAUUAGUUAAAUGUUUUCCAAAACUGUCACUAGAUGUCGUGGAAGGUGAAGAAUAUUUAGGCGCCAGCUCAUUGCAUCUUGCUAUUGCGUACAGCAACAAUGAGUUGGUUCAGGAUUUAGUGGAAGCUGGUGCUGAUGUUAAUCAGAGAGCUAUUGGUAGUUUCUUCCUCCCCCGCGACCAACAGCGCGUUCCACCAACACGCCAAACAAACUACGAAGGGUUGGCAUAUUUAGGAGAGUAUCCUCUGGCCUGGGCAGCGUGCUGUGCGAAUGAAGCCGUGUACAACCUUCUUUUGGACUCUGACGCUGACCCCGACGCACAGGACUCGUUUGGGAACAUGAUAUUGCAUAUGGUUGUUGUUUGUGAUAAAUUGGACAUGUUUGGUUAUGCCCUACGUCAUCCAAAAGUCCCAGCAAGCAAUGGUAGACAAAAUAAAGCAGGAUUCACACCGCUUACGCUCGCUUGCCAGCUUGGCAGAGCGUCUGUGUUCAGAGAGAUGUUGGAAUUAUCUUCUAGAGAGUUCUGGAGGUAUUCCAAUAUUACCUGCUCGGCGUAUCCAUUGAACGCCCUAGAUACGUUACUGCCAGAUGGUCGAACAAAUUGGAAUUCUGCAUUGUUUAUUAUCUUAAACGGAACAAAACAGGAACAUUUAAACAUGUUAGACGGUGGUAUUAUUCAAAGGCUUCUGGAAGAAAAAUGGAAAACGUUCGCUAGGAAAAAGUUCCUCAAACGUCUCAUGAUCCUCAUGCUACACUUACUUCUCCUUUCGGUAUCGGUUUACCUGCGUCACAGUAGCAUAGAAGCUGACGCAUAUCCGGACUGGGGGCUCGAGAUAACUGACGCAAGGAGUGGGAUACGCCUCGCAUGUGAACUGGGAACUAUAAUGAGCACGCUUUGCUAUAUAAUACUGCAGCAAGGAGAUGAGAUCAAGAAUCAGGGUGUAAUCGCGUAUUUCAAACAGUUGAUACACGAGCCUGCUAAAUUUAUUUUCCUGGCUUCAAAUCUCCUCCUUCUCGCCUGCAUACCAGCGAGGCUUAGUCGACAAACAAUGCUAGAGGAAGCCAUUUUGAUUUUUGUUCUACCCGGCUCUUGGUUCUUGCUAAUGUUUUUCGCGGGCGCAGUCAAACUCACCGGUCCGUUCGUGACAAUGAUCUACAGCAUGAUAACGGGGGACAUGUUCACAUUCGGUAUUAUCUACUGCAUCGUGUUGUUCGGCUUCUCGCAGUCUUUCUACUUUCUGUACAAGGGAUUUCCAAACGUUCAAUCGACUUUAUACUCUAGCUAUCCAAGCACUUGGAUGGCACUGUUUCAAAUUACGCUCGGCGAUUAUAGUUACUCAGAGCUCGCGCAGACAAUAUAUCCCAACCUAUCAAAGACAGUGUUUGCUGUGUUCAUGGUCUUUGUACCAAUUUUACUUCUGAACAUGUUGAUCGCCAUGAUGGGGAACACGUACGCUCAUGUCAUUGAACAAUCGGAGAAGGAAUGGGUUAAGCAGUGGGCGAAAAUCGUAGUAUCUCUAGAACGUUCGGUGGCCCAAGAGGACGCGCACAAAUACCUCCAGGAGUACUCCAUCGGCCUGGGACCAUCUGACGACCCGCGGUACGAGCAGCGGGGCGUUAUGGUCAUUAAAAGUAAGGCCAAGACCAGAGCGAAGCAGAGGAAGGGCGCUUUAGCUAAUUGGAAGCGUGUAGGUAAAGUGACGAUAGCGGAACUGCGCAAGCGCGGCAUCACGGGCGAGGAACUGCGUAGGCUUAUGUGGGGAAGAGUCUCUAUAUCCACGCCUACCAAGAAAGCUCCUGUGCCACCUCCGGAAGUGGUGAAGGAAGCAGCAGGUGUGGGUGGAGUUGCGUUAUCUUCAGCACUCUCAGCCAUGGCGUUUGCUCAAGACCUUGAUCUUACCAAUACUGCAGUGGACACAAAACAACAACCACCAGACAUACUUGUGAACGGAGCUCAAAAGCAAUUAAAUCAAUCUCAAAUACUAACCCCAAGUCCAACCAAUCCAAAAAAUAUCGUGCAAAUUUCCGUACCCAGUUACGUUACAAGGGAGACGCUUAAUGUAAACGCGGCUUUAAAGGAACAGAACAAAUUUUUGGACGUGGAUUUACAAGUGUCGGAAAUUUUAAUUCAAAACGAAGUGAAUAAACCACCUGAAGUAUUUAGAGAUUACAUGAAGGAGUUGGUAACGAAAGCGGAAAAAGUCGGCUCAAAUAGCCCCGAGCUAAAAAAUUUGGCAGAAAAGGCUUCAGAUCUGAAUGGCAUUCCCGAAAUCGAUGUUACUAUUUCUACGAACGUGACGUCAUCGCGUCUAGUUGUCGCUGGUGCGGUAUCAGGCCUGUUCGGUGUGGCCGCCGACCAGCCGCCGCCUGAUAGCGGCUGGAGGAGGGAGCGCCAGGAACAUACGGAUAGCGAUCCUAUAUCCGACAGUGCAGUGUUGGGCCGGGCGUGUCGCGCCAAACGCGCUCGCACCGCGUCCCGCCGCGCCGCGCCGCCGCCGCCGCAUCUCUACGUACCAGCCAGGUCAAUGUAUCUCGUAGCGUCCGAGAGCAGCGCCGUCGAAAGUGACGCACCUUGGGAAGAACCAAUAAGCUCGGGGAAUAAUUCUGCCAAAACCGGGCAUCGCGACGAUCGCAUGAAGGCCGCGCGCCCCAUAUGUAUACAACACGCCACGGGACAAGCACAAGUAGAACAUUCUCUAUUUAUUCAAGGUGAAGGAAGUGACGCAGAUGUAGAAUGUGCUCCCCCUCCACCGACUAAGUCGGAAACGCGACGACUUCGACCCAAAACUGCCAGACCGCGACGAAAUCGAAUAUCUCCAGUCCUCGAUACGGGUAGCCCUUUAGAGCCGUGGGCGACUGCACAUUUAUCUAAACUUACACAAUUCAUGCAUUCAGCGAGCGGAUCCUCCACAGCAGUAUCCAAUAGUUCACCAGAGACGCCACGACGAUUUUGAUAUUAAGAAUUAUAUAAUAAAAUUUAAUAGUGUGCAUAUAUGCCUUAGAUUAAACCAUGAAGGUAUAGGAAGAGUGUAACUGCCAGUUUUUAAAAGUAUUUUCGAUCAUAUGUAGAUUUGUAGGUACAAAUUAUGUAAAUAGUUAAUUGAUAUUGUUGUAUCUAAAAAAUAAUAUA